AUGAAUUUAUUAAAUUAUGACUUUAUUGCUCAAGAAAAUUUGAAGUUUUUAAAAACAUACAAAUACAAAGGCACUGAUUAAUCGUUGCUGUAUAAUUAUGUCCUUUCACCUUUUGCGAAUUGGUGUUUGAAGUAUGUGCCUUUGAAUGUGGCUCCUAAUACGCUUACCCUGUUGGGAUUAAUUUGCAUAAUAAUUUGUCACAUAUUAUUUUAUUUUGUGAUGGAAGACAACUUUUAAGGAACAAUACCAGAUUGGUUAUUAUGGACAACGUUCAUUUUACACAUGAUCUAUAUGAAUUUUGAUAACUUAGAUGGAAAACAGGCAAGAAGAACAAACAAUUCAUCUCCUUUGGGCAUGAUUCUGGAUCAUAAUUUUGAUUCUAUGAUCAUUGCAAUAUAAGGUACAAAUUUCGUCACUUGUCUAUAAUGCGGAUAAUCAAUAUUGGCAUUUCUAUUAAUAUGUGUUCCAACUUAUCCAUUCUAUAUCAUAGCACAUGAAGAAUACUACACACAUGAAAUGAACUUGCCAAUAAUUAACGCUGCUGCUGAAGGGACUGUUUUUGUUGGUUCAUUAUUUGCCAUCAAUGCCAUAUUUGGUUGCGACUUUUGGACCUAGAAAAUGCCACAGUUUUAUAAUUUAUAAUUUAAUACAGUGGCUAUAAUAAUAUUUUUUGUGGUUGUGGCCUUUGGACUUCCUUUUGUGUUCAAGAAAAUUACAAAAUUCGUCCCCCUUUCUCAAGCCUUAAAAUCUCAGAGGUACAUGCUAUUCGCGGGCUUAGUGCUAUUUUAUGUGAUACUAUUCUCCCCAAGUGAUGUUGGUUCUAGACACAUGAGAGCAAUUCUCUAUAUAUUUGGCUUCACAAUGAGCAAGGCCGCGGGUAUUGUGGCUGUCUAUCACGUCAGCAAUCAAGAUUUACCUAAUUAUUUGAAUUCUAUUUAUCUCUUUUUCGUAUUGUUGUUCAAUACGAUAUAUGGGUAAAUUUUUGGAUAAUCCUUAAUUGAAGAAGGAUUGUUAUUAUAAGGAAUAGCAUUGAUAACUGUUCUUGUCCACGUCCAUUUCUUGUACAAUAUAACUAGAUAAAUUAGCCAAGCUUUGAAAAUUAAAGUAUUUAAAAUCAAUAAAUGA